AUGCAAUCCUCCCCAAACAUGCUCACUAAGUUUGAGUCGAAAUCCUCUCGUGCGAAGGGAAUUGCCUUUCACCCCAAGCGCCCAUGGAUUCUCGUGUCUUUACAUUCGUCGACGAUCCAGCUGUGGGACUAUCGCAUGGGAACGCUCAUUGACCGAUUCGAAGAGCACGAUGGCCCUGUUCGAGGCGUUGACUUCCAUCCAACCCAGCCCCUCUUCGUUUCCGGAGGUGACGACUACAAGAUUAAAGUCUGGAAUUACCAGACCCGGAGAUGUCUUUUCACAUUAAACGGCCAUUUGGACUAUGUCAGAACAGUUUUCUUUCAUCCUGAGCUCCCAUGGAUUCUGUCCGCGUCCGACGACCAAACAAUCCGAAUCUGGAACUGGCAAAACAGGUCGCUGAUUUGUACUAUGACGGGCCAUAACCACUAUGUGAUGUGCGCGCAAUUUCACCCGACCGAAGACCUUAUCGCUUCCGCCUCGCUGGACCAAUCUGUUCGUAUCUGGGAUAUCUCGGGUCUCCGAAAGAAGCACUCGGCGCCGACCACCCUGUCCUUUGAGGACCAGAUGGCGCGGUCCAACCCUUCACAGGCCGACAUGUUCGGGAACACUGAUGCGGUCGUGAAAUUCGUGUUGGAAGGUCACGAUCGAGGUGUCAAUUGGGUUGCUUUCCACCCCUCACUGCCCCUGAUCGUCUCGGCAGGUGAUGACCGCCUCAUCAAGCUUUGGAGAAUGAGUGACACCAAGGCAUGGGAAGUCGAUACCUGCCGAGGCCAUUUCCAGAAUGCAUCCGCCUGUCUCUUCCACCCCCACCAAGACCUUAUCCUUUCCGUCGGCGAAGACAAGACAAUCCGUGCUUGGGACCUGAAUAAAAGGACCUCCGUCCAGUCCUUCAAGCGGGAUGUGGAUCGAUUCUGGGUCAUUGCUGCCCACCCCGAAAUCAAUCUGUUUGCAGCCGGCCAUGACACUGGAGUUAUGGUCUUCAAACUCGAGAGGGAACGCCCCGCAUCCGCCGUGUACCAGAGCCAGUUGUUCUAUAUCACAAAGGAGAAACACGUCAAGUCUUUCGACUUUGCGAAGAAUAUUGAAUCUCCAUCCAUGCUGUCGUUGCGGAAAUUGGGAUCUCCUUGGGUGCCUCCCCGCACACUCUCAUACAACCCAGCCGAGCGUGCGGUCCUCGUGACAUCUCCCACUGAUGGAGGCGUGUACGAAUUGAUCAACCUUCCCCGAGAUGCUACUGGAGCUAUUGAACCUACGGAUGUUAAGCGUGGCCAAGCAUCCUCCGCCGUCUUCGUUGCACGCAACAGAUUCGCCGUCUUCAGCCAGGCGAACCAACAGGUGGACAUUAAAGACCUAAGCAAUUCUACCACGAAGUCCAUCAAACCUCCUGCCGGAACAACCGAUAUUUACUUUGGCGGAACCGGUAGUCUUCUUUUCAUCACGCCGACCUCUGUUGUUCUGUUCGAUAUUCAGCAGAAGAAACAAUUGGCAGAGUUAGCCGUGAGCGGUGUCAAGUAUGUUGUGUGGUCAAAUGACGGGCUUUACGCAGCCUUGCUUAGCAAGCACAAUGUUACUAUCGUCACGAAGACCCUGGAGCAAGUGAGCAGCCUACACGAGACAAUUCGUAUCAAGAGCGCUGCUUGGGAUGACGCUGGCGUCCUUCUUUACUCGACCUUGAACCAUGUGAAGUACUCUCUGCUGAAUGGUGACAAUGGUAUCAUCCGGACCCUUGACCAAACGGUCUACUUGGUCAAGGUUAAAGGCCGGAGUGUAUACUGUCUGGAUCGGAACGCCAAGCCAAGGACAUUGGAGAUUGAUCCCACCGAGUAUCGGUUCAAGCUCGCUCUUGUUAAGAGAAACUAUGAUGAGAUGCUCCAGAUCAUCAAGACGUCCAGCCUGGUCGGCCAAAGUAUCAUCUCUUAUCUACAGAAGAAGGGCUACCCCGAAAUUGCACUCCAAUUCGUGCAGGACCCUCAAACACGGUUCGAACUUGCCUUGGAGUGCGGCAACCUGGAUGUUGCUAUUGAAAUGGCCAGGGAACUAGAUCGCCCCAACCUGUGGAGUCGACUCGGCACAGAGGCUUUGGCUCACGGCAACCACCAGAUCGUGGAAAUGGCUUACCAAAAGCAGCGCAAUUUCGAUAAGCUAUCUUUCUUAUACUUGUCCACUGGCGACGAAGAAAAACUCGCAAGAAUGGCGAAGAUUGCAGAGCACCGCGGAGAUUUUACGUCGCGCUUCCAGAACGCCAUUUACCGAGGAGAUGUCGAGGAUAGAAUCCAAAUGUUCAAAGAGGUUGAUCUCUAUCCCCUCGCAUAUCUCACUGCCAAGUCCCAUGGCUUGACCGAGGAAGCGGAAUCCAUUCUCGAGGCGGUCGGCCUAACAGAAGACCAGAUCACUCUCCCGACGAUAGAGGCACCUUCCAAGGCACCGAAAACUAUUGUUCCCACCUACAAGGCAAGCUGGCCCGUCAAGGCUGCUGCACACUCUUCCUUCGAGAAGGCCUUGCUUGGGGAAGUUGGCGCAGGCGAUGAGGAAGCUCCCGAGCUCGGCUUUGAACCCGAGGAAGAGGACGGUGCGGUUACUGCGGGUGAAGCUCUAGAAGAUGAGGAUGAGGAUGCUGCUGGCUGGGAUAUGGGCGAUGAGAUCAACGUCGAGGAGGACGUCGACUUUGUCAAUGUUGACAGCGCUGAAGCAGGCGCUGGCAGCACUGAAGCUGAUCUCUGGGCCCGUAACUCUCCUCUGGCGGCUGACCAUGUUGCUGCUGGCUCUUUUGACACUGCAAUGCAACUCCUUAACCGCCAGGUGGGAGCUGUUCACUUCGCACCUCUCAAGCCUAGGUUCCUCGAUAUCUUCAAAGCGUCCAAAACCUACCUUUCUGCCACCCCCGGCCUUCCUCCUCUUGUCAACUAUGUGCGACGCACUGUUGAUGAAACCGAUAGCCGCAAAGUGUUGCCUGCCAUCCCCAGGGACCUUGAGAUCAUUGCUAGCGUUGACCUGCAAGAGGGCUACGCGGCAAUGAGAGCCAACAAACUGGAGGAUGGUGUUAAGAUCUUCAAGGACAUCUUGCACGCGGUCCUUGUGAACACUGUUUCGUCCGAGGCGGAAGUCGACCAGGCGAAGAAGAUCAUUGAAACUGCUCGAGAAUAUGUACUCGCCAUGUCCAUCGAGCUGGAGCGCCGUUCACUCUCAACAGAGUCUCCAGAAGAUCUGAAGAGAAGCCUCGAGCUUUCCGCUUACUUCACGAUUCCUAAGCUGGAAGUUGCCCACAGGCAACUUGCCCUCAUGGCAGCAAUGAAGCUCGCUUUCGCCAACAAGAACUACUCAUCAGGUCUCAGCUUUGCUAACCGCAUGCUGGCCAACGGUGGAUCUGCCAAGCUUCUGGAUCAGGCAAAGAAGAUCAAGGCUCAGUGUGAGCGUAACCCUCAGGAUAAGAUUGAGAUUGAAUUCGACCAGUUUGCUGAAUUCGAUAUUUGCGCGGCUUCUCACACGCCCAUCUAUAGCGGAUCCCCCAGCGUCUCAGAUCCGUUCACCGGCGCCAAGUAUCAUGAACAGUAUAAGGGCAGUGUGGACCGGAUAUCUGAGGUUACUGAGAUUGGUGCUCCGGCGAGUGGACUGCGGUUGUUUGUUCCCAGCCAAUUUUAA